CAGGGAAAAUGGUUUCAGAGGAGUUUUGGGAUUUACGGUUUCAGAUUUAAAAGUCAAAACUCACUCGCUGAUAUUCUGUUAUCUGAAAUUAAAUCUGUACCAAAAGAACUGAUGUCAUCAAAACCAGAAAUUUACUUUAGGUCUUAAAGAAGGAGCCUUAAUCAGAUGUUUUCAUUCAUUUUAAUGAUUAUUUGAUGUUUUAUAUUCAUUCCAGUUCAGCUGAGUUCCUCCUUGGUUCCAGAUCUGAUCAAAUCCAGUUUCUACAGAUGGACAGAACCUUGUUUAUGUUGUUAUAAUCCCACUCAGGAUUAAAAUCUCUGUUUUUGAUUCUCACACCGAAAACUCGGAGUUCUUGGAAAAACCUUUUACAGAUCUAGAACAGACUGUGUGAGUUUGAGCGUUAUUCUGACUCAUUUCACCCAAUUAAAGGCGUAGUUUGUAAGAAUGACAUCCAGUGGUCAGAUGUGGGUACUGCAGUCUAAUUUCAAUAAAAAACAUUACAAUCUCACUGCCGUUCCACGAGUUUCGUGGCUGUUGCCAGUUACGGAUCAGCCCCAGAAGAUUCUAGAUGACAAGUAAAGACGAGUCACACACAGUAAGAUUAUAAGUAGAUAAACAUGUUGUCGUAACUGGUGUUAGCACUCUUAGAUGUUUUACGGUAGGGAGCACUUACUACACUUAUUACAGUCUGGUUGUCUUGCUGUUAGCUUGCUGGUAUUAUUCUGAAUGAUUCAUUUUAAGGAAGCGAAACGCCACGACAGACUCUUUAUUCACGUCACACACGUUUCACUUUGAUAUGGAGUAGGGCAGCACGGUAUUAGGAAAACCUGCAAUAUUUGAUAACGGUGAUUAAUAUUGCGGUGACGAUAUUACUUGCGAUACAUAAAAACUUAAAUCUGGAUAAAAAAAUAAUCAAAAACAAAGAAAUAAAAAAAUCAUAAAAAUGAGAAAAGCUAAAGAUGUGAGGAAAGGGAAAAAGAAAACGAACAAGAAAAGGCGAUCAGUGGAUCCCGGGAAAAGCAGAAUCAGCCGAAAGAGCAGAACAAAGCUAACUCAGGUGUUCGCUAACCAUCAAAAUUAAGUGCCGUCCACCUCGGGGGCGGGACUCUAACCUAUGAGAACCCACCCGAUUGGCCAAAUGGGUGAAGAGCUCUAUUUGAUUUGAUAAUAAAACAUCAAAGCUUCCAUUUGAUUGACAGAAUGCAUCAUGUGUAGCAAACAUUUGAGCCGACCAUUCAUUACGAUAUUUAUCUGUUCUUUGCGAUAUGCAUAUUGCACAUGCUGAUAUCGCGAUAACGAUAUAUUGUGCAGCCCUAAUAUGGAGUUAUUGGUAAUUUAAAAAAGUAGCUUUAGAUAUUUUUAGAGCCAACUAUUUGCUGUGUCUCUGGCAGUGCUCCUCGUAAACGGUCCGGGCUCUACACAUCUCGUUAUUUCACAUUUCCUGUCUUUGCACCGCUAACAUUAUGUUUCUCCUCUUUUAUCUGAUGGGGGCUUUUCUGUAGGCCAGCGGUUCUGGUCUACAUCCUCCCUCCUCACAAAGCAUCGAGCGUAGCUUCAUGUAGCUUUAGGCAUCCUCUCCUCUUAUGUAAGAUGACUAGCUUUACUGCUGCUUCCAGUUUGACCGGCCAUCCCUGGAUUAGCGCUUCGCUGUAAUCUGGGACACUGCAGAUUAUUCUUUUCAUCUAAUGCGCCCCUACACACACACACACACACACACAUGACCCCCUCACACAAAUGGAAGCGUCUCUGUUUCAUCCUUGGAUCACCAGCUGAAUGGUAGAAAGUGAGCGAGGAAAGGAGUUGACCUGAAAAUGUUGGAAUCAGAGCGUCAUGCUACAUCGCUGCUAGCAUUAGCAUUAAAUGCUGUUGGAAUGAUGGACUGAGGGUUGACCUUUGGGAUUACUCUGAAGAAAGUGUGUGUGUGUGUGUGUGUUCUGCUGCAACAGCUGCUUGAGCUGACAGGUAACUUAUUAACAGCCUGUAAGGAGCAGAGCGUUUACACCCAGGCUUGUUGCAGCAGUGACUAAGGAAGAUGCUUAGAUCAACUCAACCAUCCAGAGCGAGCAUUGUAAACCAGCAGGAAGAGCGACAAGCAGCCGGAUCACAUGCACACAAUCAGCACAUGGCUGGCUGUGCUUAGGUAGCAGCAGUGGGUAGUAGGUGGUGUCGCUGUCCGACCAACGACAUCCGUAAACAUGGAGCCGCUGGAGGAGUACCUCUCUCCGUUUGACUUUGAACAAGGAGUCAACACCAGCUACCUCUACCUCUCCCCGGCUUACGGCGACACGCCGCCCAGCUCACCCACCCUCAAAACCAGAGGUUCCCAGCAGCAUCCGGACUCGCUCCCUGAGCUGGGACAGGACGCCGUGACGUCAGUCGGCCCAUCUUCUCCUCUUCCCCCCGCCAUGACCGAGGAAGAGCGUCUGGAGCUCCAAGAGGAGUUGGCCAGGGUCGAGGAUGAGAUCCAGACCCUCUCCCAGGUGUUGGCGGACAAAGAGAGGCAGGUGGCCGAAAUGAAGAGGAAGCUGGGCAUCUCGCCGCUGAACGAGCUGAAGCAGAACAUCACCAAAACGUGGCAGGAGGUCACCACCUCCACGGCCUACAAGCGGACCUCUGAGACGUUGUCCCAGGCCGGUCAGAAGGCCACGGCGGCCUUCACCAACAUGGGCUCAGCCAUCAGCAGGAAGCUGGAGGACGUCAGUUUACAGUCGUUACAGCACUCUGCUAGCAUGCCCGCUUUAAGGAACGCACCGACUUUCAAGUCAUUUGAGGAGAAAGUGGAGACCCUGAAGACUAAAAUCACCCCCUCUGCACCCGGUGGCCGCUCCGGUAGCCAGGAUGACGGCGUCCCGCAGACCACCGAUUCAGAUGGCUUCCCUGCCCAGGACGCUCCGCUGCACUGAGACCACGCCCCCUCUACCCACCUGUGUACCUGUCUCUCUCUCUGUCUCUCGUGUUAACUUGUGGGGAAACAGGAAGCAGGCGACGAGUUCCCACCCUUGGUCUAAUGCCAGCUGUGUACAUUGGCGUGUUCAGAUAAAUCCUCCCUGAGGUGUUUCUUUUUUUUUUUCUGCCUCUAAUUUCGAUGCCAAACGUGCUUCAGUAAAUACUUCCUUUAUUAAAUAAUCACUUGAGUUUAGGAACGUUGCAGAAUUAAAUAAUUGAAUUAUUUCUGCUUUAAAUAGUCCUUUUCCUUUUGUCAAAUGUUAAAAGUUGUUGUUAUUAAUACACUUUGUCUCCAGUUAGUUAUUUUUGGGUCAGAACUCUUUAUAAUAAUGGAAAAUUUUACAAACAUGAGCCCAAGCCAUGAAACUACGCUUUUUUUUUUGUGUCGUUUGAGCGCCUGUGCCUUAUGGGUCCGUUUCUACGCUGUAAUGAACAAAACUACUGGUUUAAAAACAGGAACUCGUUUCGUUUGACAGAAAAUGAACCCCGCGCUCAGCCACAGGGAAAACAGCCGAGUUCAGCAGAACAGUCAAACACGCCAUCAAGGUCCGGCCUUGGCCCGAGCUGAGCCUGAAAUAAAUGUUUCUUCCACAACCGGCCAGAGUCGACGUUUAAACACUGGAGCAUUGUUUCUGAGGGGGCGGCGACACGCUGGGUGGGUUACGGUCUAGGAAAAGCAUUCACUGGCUGAUGUUUACUAUCAGUCUAGUAAAGAGACCGCCACACUGCCAGGAUUGUUUCCUUCCUUUUUGUUACUUAUCAAAUUAAAUUAGUUUGCUUUGAUGUUGCUGUGGCAAACUGCAGGAUUACACUCUGUGUUUCUAGAAAAUGCUGCUUCCAAAUGUCACUGGAUCACAUUAUAGUAGAAAAGUGAACUCUGUUGCUUUAACAGACUUGUGGAAAAACACCUUUACUAGUUGAUGAAAGGCAAAUUGAGCCAAGUUGAACACAAUGAAACCUGAACUUAAACUUAAGUGCAGGAAACGAGGAAUCCUAAACACUUCCUUUCUGCUGGCACACUCCCUCCCCUGAUGGUGGACAAAAAGUCUCACCAUCAAACAUUCGUGAUAGGAGCAACUUCACAAAAUGUGAGAUAUUCAGUGUCAGGCUCUCGCCGCCUUAGACUAAUGGUAAAAUAAAAAUAAAAUAAAGCCAUGGUUUUUAUUUUGCAUUCAUGUUUACAACACUUACAAAUGUUUAUUUUCUCUGUAAUAAAACCAAAAGAAGUGGAUGUCUGCGAAUACAAAUAAAAACGUGCUGAUGUAAAAGGAA